CUUUCAAUCUUUCUUCAUUCAAUGCCAACUCAUACCAUAAAACAUCACCUUUCACUUCGCACGACUUUUGAUAUUUUUUUCAUCAACAAGCCCGCAUUAAAAGCAAACAACACGCCAACUCAUUUCUAUCGCCUGCCUAGGCAUUUCCUCAUAAAGGACCUCUCACAUUUGUGGCAAUCCUCGAUUGCCUUAUUCAACAAAUAACAAGGAGACGGGAGACCCUGCACUAUUAAGAUGUCGUCGCCUGCUCCUAGCAACGAAGGCGACGCCCCCAAGAGCAGCCAGGAGCAAAUAACAUUUCGCUUCUGCUCUGAAUGUUCUAAUAUGCUGUACCCUAAGGAAGAUGAAGAUGCGCACAAGCUACAGUUUACCUGCCGAACGUGCCAGUACACCGAGGAAGCCACCUCCUCUUGCGUCUUCCGCAAUGUCAUGAACAAUGCAGCUGGCGAGACUGCAGGAGUGACUCAGGACGUUGGAUCGGAUCCUACGCUCCCUCGAUCACCCAAGUCUUGCCCUGCGUGCAAGCAUGAGGAAGCCGUCUACUUUCAAUCGCAACAGAGAAAUGCAGACACAGGCAUGAAACUAUUUUACGUGUGCUGCGGAUGUGGUCACAUCUUUCAAUAAUCGAGUUUUACCCGUAGUUGCUACGAAGAUAGGGUAACGAGGAUAUCCAGAGACUUUUGAUGCGACCACUAGGGUCAUCUGAGAUAUUGCAUGGAGUCGGCGUUUAAGAGAAAAUCUGCGGUGGUUAUCGACGAUGCCAUCAUGGUAGGGAACUCGGCACUUUGAUUUAGGGGGACACCGUAAUAAUGAAUAUACUCGCAUUCGCAUCACGAA